AUGGACAAAAAGUGGAUUUACAAUUUUAAUAAAAUUUCUAAAAAGCAUAAAGAUAUUUCUGACUAUGAAAGAUAUUAUUUAUUUUGUAAAAAAUAUCUAGAAAACCAUCAGGAUGAACAUAAAGAAAUAUUUAAAGUACUAAUAGAUACAUUAAAUAGCACUAAAAGUACGAUUCUUUUAUCUAUUGCCUAUAGAUUAAUCUUUAAUCUAAACAUAGAUUUAAAUCUAAACACAAAUCUUGUAAAAAGUCAUUUUAAGAACAAAGUACUAAAACGAUAUCUUUUUCCUGUUUUUACAAAAGCGGAAAUAUUUUUAGAUAAAAAAAAGAUUUUAAAAAUGCUUUAUGAUGAAACAUACGAGGAUAAGUAUUUUUUAGAAUAUCUUAAAAAUUAUCCAGAUUUGAUAGAAUCAUUUUUAGUAAAUGAAAAUGCUAAAUACACAAGAAAACAACUUUUAUGUAUUUUAAAUACUAAAUAUUUCUACAAUAUGGAUUACUACAUAAAAUUUUUAGGUGAUUGUAAUAACCACAUCGCAUUUUUGGCAUAUGAAGUAUUUACACUUCUAAUUUCUUUUAGAGGUUCUCAAAAUUUAUAUAAAUCUUUUGAGAUUGUACAAAAUGUUAAUACCUACAUUGAUAUAAAAAAUAAGAUACAAGUAGAUUCUAUAGAUAACUUUCUGAUUUAUUUUUUACCUUUUAUGAAAAUUAAACAAGAGAUUUACAGCUUAAUUUUAGAAAAUAAAAUUAACGAAAUCAAUCAUUUUUUAAAAAAUUAUUAUAUCAAAACAAGUAGCAUUCUUUUACAACUAAAAAAUAUUAGAUUUUACUCAAUUGAACUACCGAGUAUAAAAAGUGUUUUUAAUGAUUUAAUUUUUGAUUCAGCUGAUGAAGAUUUUGAAUUUUUAUUUGCAGAAUCAAAUUACAAAAGCAUUUCUGAUUGCAUUGAAUUUUAA